AUGAGCGCAGCUAUAUGGGAGUUUGAGCCGGAGCUUCUGAAGCAGCCCAACUUGGAGAUCAUUGAGUACGGUUUGCAGGAUGUGGGACGGUUCUCGAGCGUCAGAGGUAAGAAAGUUGAGGAGAUUCGAGGGCCUUAUGGGAGUUGAAUUGUCUUGGAAUAACAGCCCAAUAUAAGAUGAUUAGAGCUAUGAAAUGAUUAGAGUAAAUAGUCAUUGUUGAUGCAUCUUUUUCAUACCGUAUCUUCACACUUUGACUGGCCAAGAAGAUGUAAAAAUAGGUCAAAAUAAUCCCAAAUUUGGUAUCAAAAUGCCCCAGAGAGACAUCAAAAAAUAGCCGGAUAAGAAGCAUGAGCUGAAUAUAAUAUGAUUAAUGAUUUACCUCAAAAAGUAUCAAAAGGUACCCCUUAAAUUUCUCUCUUCAAAAUAAACAAUGUUUCUUGUAGCUUUACGAUACUUUUGAAUUCCAAAUUUGGUAUCAAAAAGCACCAGAGAGACAUCAAAAAAUAGCUGGAUAACAAGCAUGAGUUGAGUCUAAUUUGAAUAGCGAUUUGCCUCAAAAAGUAUCCAAAAGGUAUCCCUCAAAUUUCUGUCUUCAAACGAAACAAAAUUUCUUGUCGCUAUACGAAACUUUUUAAUUCCAAAUUUACAAUCGUUUUGAAUACUAUUUAACAAGGUUUGUCUGUAAAUUCUCAAUAAAAGUGUCAAUUUUAGACUUUCUUUGUCUAUAGGUACUUUAUUCUUUUUACUCACAAAUUUUUUCGGUUAUUUGUCCAAUUUUUUUAAUUAAAAACACAUCCUGAAAAAUGAAAUUGACCGGUCGAUUUUCAAAAACCCUAAUUAUCAAACAAAAACACCAACUUCAAGGUCAUUUUACCUCAAUAAUCAACAAAACAACCUCAAACACACAACAAAAAGCAUGAUUAGUUGUUUUCUCCUGCCGCUUCACUGCUCUUUUCUCUUUUCUGUAUACUUGUAAACUGCAAUUACCGGUCAUAAAAUUACUCUAUUUUUAUGUAUCUGCCUAAAAAAUCAUCUUUUCUUCGGGGUUUCUUUCGUAAAAUUAAUUUUUUCCUUGUUUUCAUCAAAAAAUUGUAAAAAAGUUGAUUUUUUCUUUAAAAAAAUCGUAUUUUUUAAAAAUCGUUCCACAAAUAAUCACCCGUAAAUUCUUCGUCAUGCUUUUCGCAAUCACCUGAUUUCGAAACAAUUCAAAUUUAGCCUCCGGCAGUCCGAAAAUAACCCGGUUUUGCCUCCGCUUCCCGCAAAAGAACCGCUUUUCGUUUGGAGAAGCCUGAAUUGUUGAUUCAGCCUGCGGGUUUGAUUGCGCCCCCAGGGCUUUUCCCUGUUUGGGGCGCUCUCUUUUUCGCGAUCGGUCUCAUGAAAACUCAUCGCGGUGUUAAGAGAGCGGAGUGGGGGACAAAAAGAGUGCAAAUUCGAAAUUUCGAAGCGAUUUUUCUUUGUUUUUUCAAUUUUUUCGAUUGAAAAAUCAAGGAAAAUUAGCGAUUUUUGCAAUUUUAAAGUAAUUUUAUGACAGGUAGUAAUUUUUAGACCACUUUGUAUUUUCCUUUGAGCCAUGUCAAAUGGAAAAACAUGCACUCAAAGGGAACUUCUUGGGCUUGAACGGGAAAUUGACGGAUUUCCCCGGAUUUUUUGACACUUUCUGCAGAUCAAAAGCGAAAAAAAAUCGUGGAAUGUGUUGUUUAGCUUGUUUGACAUACAGAGAACAUUAUUUUUGGCUUAUAAAAAAAAUUUUAUUUUUACAAGUUUUGAAAUUUUUGUAUGAUUAACGGAUCAUGAUGACUAUAGAACUUUGUGAGCGCUCUAAAAAUAUUUUUUUUGCCUUUUGACUCAUUUUUAAAAAUUUUUUGAGGGUUUUUUUAUUUUUUUGAUGACGUAUGACCUCAAAAAAGUCUUCCUAAACAUUUUAUAGGCCUUCUGAUUUUUCGUGGAUUCCAGAAAUCCCAUGAAUUCCCGCCAAACCUUUCGAAAAUCCGAUUUUUCCUCGCGAAAAUCCGCCGGAAACGCCUGCAAAUCCGAAUCCUUCCGUUUUAUCGCGCAUUUCAUAAGUACAAAUUAACUUUUCACCUUGCCCCCGAGUUUCCACCGCUUUCUCGAGUGAUUGAGACGGGGGCUCUUCAUCUUCUCCUUCUCCAUCUUCGACGCCUUCGUUUCCAAAUCCGCGCACCUUGCGACGGGAAUUCGUCUCUUUUUUCGCUUUUAUAUUUCACAAACGACGCCAAUUCAAGGGAUUCCAAGGACUUUCGCCGCGUCUUCGAGGGUUUCGAUGUGAACGGCAGUGGGGGUUUCAUGAGUUCGAAUCGUCCGCUCAACCUUUUUCUCAACGUUUUGGCCGCCGUCCUCGGGUUCUUGGCCUGGUUCUUCGGCCGCCUCAAAGACGGGGUCUGUUUUUGGAACAAGAGCUAUCGGAAUGAAUAUCGACCGGUCGAGACGCGGCCUGUGCGGCUUGUUUUGUUGAGGGGAUUCCGGCAGCCGGACGAUCCCUUGUUGGAGUCGGCUAGUCUGUUGAUUCGAAGUGGAUCGGUACAUUCGGUGCCGGCGAUUACACAGUUUGAUGGUAAGAGUUAAUGAGUGAUGAGUCAGCGGGAUUCAACGGGGGUGUAAUUGGGACCUAUAUGCCUUUUCAUUAUCUGCUCUAUACCGUUUUUAUUAGCUAUCCAUCCAGUAAUGUCAAAAAAUAUCAUAAACUUGAUAUUAGUUUGAUCUGAUGACUUCAUAAAAGUAAACGUGAAUUUUAAAGGGAAUAGCGGUGACAAAUAAGUCUUGAAUUUUAAAUCUAUUAACACCUAGAGCCGUCUUUUUACCAUGCUAUGUUUUGGUGGGAUGCCCAUCAAAAACUAUCUUAAAUACCUAAUUUCUGAUAUACACCAUGACCAGGUGUCUUAACGAUGCUGAAAGCUGCAUUUGCAACGCGUUAGCAAGAAUGAUUUGGGUGAGCUUUGAACAGAGACUUUUCUAUUGUCUUACCCACUUUUUCGUUGCCUGAUAUUCGGCCAGUAGGUAGAUAAAAUACGUUGUUUUUGACUUUCCUGGUCUAAUGUCAUGAUUUAUAUCGAAACUGAUUUUUGGUUACACUCUGUAUUAAAUUUUGAAUUUGAUUAAAGAAACUGGGUUUUUUUGCAUUUAGUACAACAUUGUUUUCUAAUUACACUUCAAAUUCUUCUUCAUUUCGGUCAGUAUUACCUUGUACUUGACAUCUAAUCUCAUGAUGGAGGUAAAAAUAAUUUUUUACGAGGACAGCUGUAUUAAUUUGAACUGCUUCCAUUUUUUGUAAACCCUUAACCUCUUAUCUAUUGUAUGAGGAACAGAAAUCAACAAACCUUCCUUAAAGCCCAUCUGAAUCAUCAUAUCCAUGACCUCCACCCAUCUUAUCUUCAUCUCCAACCUAAUCUCCUCAUUCCCCCCAAGAAGCGAACGUCCAACCUCGCUCUCCCUUCACUAAUCGAUUAGCCGAAUGUCGCAUUAUGUUCUAGCGUACGCGUUGCUUUGUUUGCACUUUGGGGACCCGUCGAAUUCUCUCACUUUUUUCGGGGCUUAAGGCGAUGAAGCGGCGAUCGCCAGAGUUAAAUUUAAUGAGACCUGGGGCUGUCGGUUUUAUUUCAGGCUGUCGGUUGGAGGGGAGAGUCGGCUGAGACCAGCUUUUAUUUGGGUUUUCAGCGUGGGGCAUGGGGAGAUUCUGUGACUGUGGAGUGAUAGCUUUUCGAGGAGAUUUAUGGUUACAGAAGCGAUUUUUGGUCAAUUUUGAACGAUUUUCUCAAUUUUGAACGGAUUUUUUUUUGCAAAUUGCGAUGUGGGUUACAUGUAAAACCAUUUAGAUGGCAUAUUGUUUUAGCGUAAUCUUUGGCUUGCCUAUAUUUUACAAAAAUUGACGAUUUUCGAGCCUCUAGUCCGAUUCUAUUCAGAUUUGCCUGAUUUUUUCAAAAUUUUGGCAGUUUUUUGCAUUUUUUUGCAAGCAAAGUUUGUAGAAUUUAAUUUAAGGCCAAUAGACAACCUAAAAGUCCCAUUGCUUACUGUAACUCUCUAAAAAUCUCUAUAAUUUUCGAUUUUUGGCCCAUUUUCUUGCAAUCUUUCCACUUUUUCUUCAAAAAUCAACCAAAAAUCUCAAAAUCUCCCCUUAUCAUAGCCAAAUCUCCCUCCAACUCAUAGCUAGCAACAUUACCACCCGAUUCUCUCUCUAAUAUCUUCAUCAGAACUACCAAAACCAAAUUAAAUGCGUCCGAUUCUCGAGGAAGAGACUUGGCCCUCAGACUCUCAUAGUGGUAGGGAUAAAAAAAGUUCCAUUUGGACAUGCUCGUUUAAUUUAAUUUUUCCGAUUUUUCAGAGAAUGGGGAUUUGGACGGAACGGAGAGUCUGGAUCGGUUCCAUUGGAAUCAGAAGAGCCUCAGGGGAAGUCGGAGGUUGAACCAACAGAUGCCAAAACAAACCAUUAUCAAUGCACAUAGGACGGUAAGUUGAUAUUUUUCUGCAAUUGAAAUGCUUUUUUUGUCUUUUAUUAAAUUAUAUCUGACCCGUUUACCUGUUUUAGACUUUUUUUGACGUCAUUUUUCAUCUUUCUAAUCUGAGAGAAACAUUUGACCCAAAAGUCAAAUUUUGAGUCAAGUCUUCCCCUCAGUCUGACUUUAUAUUAUUGACCUCUGGUUUCUUUUUUUUCGUUCACUUUAGAUUUCAAUCAAAAACCGUCUAAAUACAGCUUAAGAGAAAGACUUGACCAAAUGAGUCAACUGUUCCCCUCUCUGAAAAAACCGUGCGCAAACAUCCUAAUUUUUUCUAAAUGUUUAUCCUUGAACUGGUUACUGUUUUCAACCCCCAUUUAACCCAGAACUACGCACGUUUUGUCAUCCAUUGUACAAGAAAUUCUUCAAAUAUUAGGUUGGACGGAAAGUUUGUACGAUUUUUUACUGCUGCUAUUUUUUCUUGCGCUGAUGGAAAAAGACAAACACAAAUAUAUGGUGUCGGUAGGGGACAGGCAUCCCUAUCUAGCAGUACAACCUUCAGCCAUCUUAAGCAUUUACGAACUGAGAACUUAAUUUAGACAUUUACCCAUCUUUGGUCCAAAAUUACAAAUCCUUGGCUGGUUUGUUUAAUAAGGCCUACCAGGAAAUUGUUUUGGCACUGCUAAAAAGCCUUCUUCUGUAGCUCUUAAUACAGUGCGCGCCAAAAUGAUAGAGCCACUCAUUUUUUCUGGAUUUAUUCUUUUAUGGUUAGGUGGCCCAAGCCGGCAUAAUGCAUAUAUGCAAUACCAUGACGGACCCAUACUAUCGCCACCAUAACUUAGGACUAGCCAUGGCGCCCAAUCCAAAAAAAAUCAAAAGUUCGGACCUUCCCCUUCGGUCGACGCGCCAAAAUGAUAGAGCCACCGGAUUUUUCUCCUCGGUGGUGGCAGGCGGGGAUCUACUGGUACUGUAGUCUGUUAAUAUCACUACUGCUAUUCAAUGCUGAUGUGAAAAGGUUACUGUAACUACCGGUCAUACGGUAGCUUUUGGCAACUUUAGAAAAUCUUCUAAAUUUUGGGUAAAACUGACCGGAAAUAAAAUUUUCGACGGUUGUAUCCGGGUGGAAAUACUUUCAAAAAGUAUUAGAAAGGCUACAUUUUCUAAAGGGAAUCAAUCUCCGUCAGGAUCGCAUCGACCAUAAACAACAAAUUGUAUUAUAUUACUUUAGUAGAUGGGUAGGUUCUAUAAUAAUGUCAAUUGUUUAUGUAUGGGUCUUAGACGCAGCCCCAGAACUUGUGGUGCAAUCGUACGAGGACCAUAGAUUACUAUAACAGGAUCGAAUUCAAUAAUUCCUUUAUUCAAAUUGCUAACGGUAUUAUGAAGUUUACCAAAGUUAUACCCGAAAAAACGAUAUUUUGGUGGCAUGACUAGCGUCAGAAUAUGAUUGCUUCGUGUUUUGAAACGACGAGUGCGCAUCUUUUUGUACGUAACGUAGCAUGUUUAACUCAAUAAUAACGUAAUGAUCAACAACUACAGAGAAACUUUGGUGUAGUCAUCUAGAGAACCAGAAUUGCUUCUCUUGUGGUAUUAUUCCUAGGGUGUACGAGACUUUUCAGCCUUUCCAGGUUAAAUGAAAAUAUUCUAUAUGGUGUGUUGCAGUCUAGCAGGAAGUUUGGUUUUACCUCCAUGCCCCCUCAUUGGCAUAAUUGACAUUAUUAUAGAAUCUGCCCAUCUACUAAAGUAAUAUAAUAUCUUUCCUUGUCAAUGGUCGGUGUGAUUUCAACGGAAAUUGAUUCCCGUUAGAAAAUAUAGGCCUUCUAAUAUGUUUCGAAGGUAUUUCCACCCGGAUACAACCGUCGCAAAUUUGAUUUCCGGUCAGUUUUACCCAAAAUUUGGAAGAUUUUCUAAAGUUGCCAAAAGCUACCGUAUGACCGGCAGUUACAGUAACCUUUUCACAUCAGCAUUGAAUAGCAGUAGUGAUAUUAACAGACUACAGUACCAGUAGAUCCCCGCCUGCCACCACCGAGGAGAAAAAUCCGGUGGCUCUAUCAUUUUGACGCGUCGACCGAAGGGGAAGGUCCGAAUUUUUGAUUUUUUUUGGAUUGGGCGCCAUGGCUAGUCCUAAGUUAUGGUGGCGAUAGUAUGGGUCCGUCAUGGUAUUGCAUAUAUGCAUUAUGCCGGCUUGGGCCACCUAACCAUAAAAGAAUAAAUCCAGAAAAAAUGAGUGGCUCUAUCAUUUUGGCGCGCACUGUAUGCGUAAAGUCGCCGGGGACUAAAUCAAAACAUAGCCAUAAAAUUUGACUUUUGCAGGACCAACCCAAGUUUGAAUAUAACUGCAACCGCCGCUUUGCCGGUGCAUUUCAUGUGUAAAACUAUGAUAUGCAGAAACUAAGGACAAUCCCUUACACUCAGCUACCCCUCAAUAGCCAACUGUUUUGCCGUACGACAUAAUAGAACUAAAUUACUUUUCUCAAAAAAUCGUUGGUGAACUGUUGGAUCAUCCCGUACAAUUCUAAAAAGAGCUCAUAACAUCUUUCCACUCCUCCCUUUCUUGGGUGCAAAAUAGAGCCGCUUUAUUGCUCUACUACCUCGUGAAACAAUGGGCUACCAUUGUUGACUGUCACAAAAUUACGCGCAUUGCUCUACAGCUAUAAUUUUUGGCAAUUUUGUCUCUUUGCGGAUAACCCGAGGCAUCUGUGAUCCGGUUUACUCAUGUUGCACGUAAAGGGCUCUCUAUGUGCCUUACUGCACCCUAUUACAGAGACAGACAAUAAGAAAUACGCGGAAUAAUAAGAAAAAGUUUUCAUAGGGGGCCUUUGCUGAAGACUUGGUUGAAAGUGUUGCUAUUAUUUUAUCCGACACGCUUUUUUAUGAUUUCUAAUUGUGUUUAACGUAGUCAGAAAGACCACUGGACAUUGUCUAAAAAGUUUCAGAGCUUCAUCGAAAGCGAUCUGGAAACUAGAGUUUGCGUUCUGGACCCUACCCGAAAUAGCCGCAAAGCGGAAAACCUCUUAUAAUUAAGCUCGUUUUGGCGGAGCUAACGAUUGGCACGUAGCAUAUAAAUCUUCACACUGUACUCUUGUAUAUGCUAGGUAUUUACGGUGGGCAAUCGGUCUUGGCGCGAAAAAAAUUAAAUUGAAAUUUGGGUAAAAAAUCGUACGAACUUUCCGUCCAACCUAAUAUUUACUCAAGUCCCAAGAAUAAUGUGUUUCCCUCCAAAAACCCAUUAUUUUCAACAAAUUAAGCUUGAAAACACUUCUUUUCGCAUAUUUCUGAUUUUUUUCAAUAUGCGUUUGCUUAUUUCUUCCAUAUUUUUGCAAAAAAAAAGUUUUACGGAAUUAUCGCCUGGGGGGAAUUAAUUAAAUUUAUGGCUAAAAAACAAUCAAAAAAGAAAUCUUCCGCCGUUACGUAAUGGGAUUUGCAAGGGGAUAGCAAGGGUUUGAGAUUUUCGGCUUGAACACUUGUUAUAGAGCUGUUUUUUGAGGCAGGUAAAGCGAAGGGAAUGGUCUUUUGGCUUCGAGGUGUGAUCAAAAAGUGUGGUCAUAAAGAGGUUUAUAGAAGUUUUGGGUUAGAAAUUGCUUUAGUUUUUGAUUUUUCCUCGUUUUUGUCAAAUUUGACAACCGAUUUUUCUGAAUCAAUUUUUUUGAUGACUUUUAUUUUUAUUACACUAAAACUGUCAGGGAAAGUACUCCAAGUGCGACACUCAGAUUUUCUUUAAAUUUUGCACACACGUCGGGUAUGGACAAAAUAUCAAUUCCUGAAAGUUUUAGCUCGCGCUUUGCGGGCGCCGCCGAGAUUCGAACGAUUAAACGUGGAGAGCGGUCAGAGAGAAGAGCUCUUUUUGGCGAUAACUUUGGAAGUUCGUGCAGAAAAUUUUGAUUUUUUGUAGAAACAUUAUCCUUUGCGGUUGAAAUCGGCAUGAAACUUUUCGUGCCGAAAUUUGGCAAAAAGUCCUAAAUUUUGGUCGACUUUCGAUCUAAAAAUCUCGGUUGUUUCUGCAAAGCGCGAGCUACGAUUCUCCAUAUAUCUUAGAAAAAAUUAUUCUAAAUUUGUGCCAAGUUUCAUCAAAAUCUGAGCGUCGCACAUGGAGUACUUCCCCUGUGAGUGGAAAUCAAAGAUAGGACCUCCUAGGAUCUAUGUGAGAUUUUUAGCUGACAAUUUACAGAAAAAAUCAGCAUUUUUAGGUCGGAAAAGCGAAAGAAAAUUCAGAAACUUUUUUAUUUUAAUGAUAAAAACUUCACAACUUUUACCUCAGCGUUAGGCAUGAUUCCCAUAAAAAAAUAUUUUUCCUGAUUGAGAUUUUAAGGGACACAGCCAAAAACACUUUUUUCUGACCGUCUCCUCAUUUCUCAUAGUCUCUCGCAUUCCAACUUUGUUGUAUAUCCUAACGGCCCUUGCAAAACAUUAAGUAAUACCCGAUAAAUUAUGGACCAUAGCCAAAAAAAAUUCAAUUCAUUCCAUUUACCUCUCGAAAAGUCGCAAUAAAUUAACUCAAAAAUCUCUUUUUCUCACCUUUCCAUUUCCCCACAAUUCCUAUUGUUUUCUGGGAACGGCCCGACAUUCUCGGCCAAAUGAAUGUCCAGGAAGAGAAAAAUGGACCUCACAAUCAAUUUAGUUUUUAUUUUUUUGGGCCAAGUGUCAUUUGCCAAACGAAUGACAUCUGCAUUUUCGGAGAGCUUUAUUGAGGGGACUAGGGAUAUUAUACUGGAAAAAAGUUGCGGUUUUUAGUUCAAUUUUUCGCCAGUUUUUGGAAAAACAUUGUGUCGAGAUUGCACAUCAAGCACUGAAAAUUUUAGCUCACAUUUUGUAAGCGAAGCCGAGAUAUUCAACGAUCUUAGGCGAGAGACUAUGGAAAAUGAGGAAACGGCCAGAAAAAAGCUUUUUAAUUAUUUUUUUUAAUUUUCGAUUGAGAAAAACCUAUUUUUUUAUAUCAAAAUUUUACUCUAAUGGUCAAAAUUAUCAACUUUUCAAUUUGAAAAUCGCAAAGCAUCAAAUUUUUUGGCGAUUUUUUGCUGAAAAAGUGAUUUAUCAGCCUUUUUUUCAUUUUCAUUUUAUUUUGCCAGCAAUACGAUAAGAAAGUAAUAUAAUAAUUGCUUUGAUUUUUAAUAACAACGUGCAUUUUGAGCCCUUUCUUUCAGCCUCCCUUCAUUUUUCUUUUAGUGACCAGAGGAUAAAGAAAAAAGUUUCCGAUUUUUUAGGCCCUAAGGCGUAAAUCAUAAAACCGCACUCAAAUUUCAGCUCAAACGUUUCAUGACUUUCUGUGCAGAUUUUUGAAGACCUUUUUAUCAGCUUUUAAUAAUUUCAAAUUACAUUUUCAUAAGCCAACAAAAAUCAACGACGCGUAUUUUACAACUAUUUUUUUCGAAUUCAAGCCUCCUAUGUUUACAAUACUGCUUAAUAUUAGUUUUGGGCAGGUAUUUUUUACCCGCACUAGACUAAUAUUUUAAGUAAAUACUCACAUUUCGAGGCUGAUGACGUUGCAAAUUGCGUAGCACACGGUUUAGAAGGCGGUUUGUAGUCUUAUCAGUAGUUAUUUACAAUGGUUUCUACCACUUUUUGAGCAGUCUUUGUCACAAGAUUUUUUCAUAUUUUUGUCAAAAAGUACUGUUACUUCAAACGGCAAUUUAUUCAAUUUCCAUGACUACUUUUACAUCUGUAUGCUCAAAAAAAUUUUUUUUAAUCCGUUUAAAGUUCGUAUUUUUUGUUUUUACCCUUUGAAUCCAAUUUUUUUCGGGGCUCUCUUACUAAUAUGUUUAUUGUAAUAUUUGAGGGCCAAGUGAUGCGGAUGUCGACGGAUCGGGCUUAUUGGGUAAGAAUUGUCAAAAAAUUUGUGUGCAGGGUGGGGCAUCGUUGUGGCCCAAUUUAAAUUGGCUAUAACUUUUUGAGUUUUUGGCCAGGUCUUAAAAUUCUUUUUUUUCCUGAAUCCUCAGACGUCCCCAUUUUGUUUACAGGGGAAGUACUCCAAGUGCGACGCUCAGAUCUUGAUGAAACUUUGCAGAAACAACCGAGAUUUUUAGAUCAAAAGUCGGCCAAAAUUAAUGACUUUUUGCCGAACUUCGGCUCAAAAAGUUUCAUGCCUGUUUUAACCGUAAAGGAUAAUGUUUCUACAAAAAAUCAAAUUUUUCCGCUCGAAACUGCCAAAGUUAUGGCCAAAAAGCGCUUUUCUCUCUGACCGCUCUCCACGUUUAGCCUGCUCUCUCGGCCGCAAAAAUCGUUCGAUAUCUCGGCGGCGCCCGCAAAGCGCGGGCUUAAACUUUCAGGAAUUGAUAUCUAGUCCAUACCCGACGUGUGUGCAAAAUUUAAAGAAAAUCUGAGCGUCGCACUUGGAGUACUUCCCCUGUUAGUAUCAAAUAUGUUAUACCCAUUUAUUAGCUUGCGGGCCGCAAAGUUGCCCCACACUGUAUAGUUUUUUUUUGUUUUUUAACAAUUGACAGGCUUUCUAUUUCUCUACCAAAAUCGCCCUAGGUAGGCAAUGGUCGAAAAAUUUUUUCUCUGACCGUCUCUCCUCAUUUCUUAUUAUCUCUAAUUUGCAAAAAUCACUGAUCGUCAUGAAAACCUGAUCUAACACCCAUAACCUACGCCUCAUUAGUCAUCAUUUUUUUGUCAAAGUCUCCUACCUACUCCUCCUCCGACUCCAACACUCUCGCUUUCUUUAAUUUGCAUAUUCCUUCAACGCUACGAAAAUCUUUUUUUUCAGGAUAUGCCGGGUGUGGCUUUGUUGGAAGAGCCGACCACGCCGCAACGUUUGGCGGUAAGUCUUUGCGUUUUAUGCAAAUUUCGUCCGCACAAAGGGCUAAUCAGCGAGUUAUUCGAUUUCAGAAUUUCCUCUCCAAACCCUUUCGCUCGAAUCCGCUGAAACGCACGAAAAGUGUGUCUAAAUUGGAGCGGCCCGCUUUCAUCGAGUCAAUGUGAGUUUUAUUUUACUUUAUAAUGUGGAUAGUUAAUUUUUGUGCCGUUUGCACAACAGUAGUUUUUUGGAUGAGAAAAAGUAGUCUUUUUAGCAAAAAACAUCAAAAUUUUUUGGAAAAUUUCAAAAAAUCCAAAUACUUUAAUCCCCUUAGGUAAUUUAGCAAAAUGAAGAUAGAAAUGUCGUAUUUUACUUGUUUUAUUAUUUUUGAAUUGUUGAGACCCAUUUUUUCUCUUCAAAAAACACAAUGCCAAAUUUGGCGGGAAAAUUGAAAUUCAAAAAAAAAUUUUUGAAAAAUCGAAAUUUUCGAGCCUAAAACUUGUCAUGUGUCUUGAAUAGCGUAUCAGUAACAAUACAAAGGUAGUUAAAUUACUUUCCAAGCAAGAAAGACCAUUGUUUAGCGCAUUUUUAUGACUUUUCGGAGAUUUCAAGUGGAUUUUUUGUGAUUUAUCACUUAAAUUUUAUUUUAUUUUAUUUGCUAUUGAGACUAGUAGUAUCUGUUCUACUAAAACUUGUGCUGAAUGCUGAAAAUUUGGUUAAAAAUAAAAAAUUUUUAUAUUGUACUAGAGCAAAUUGGUCAAAAAUUGAGAAAAUAACCCAAAAAUUGGUCUUAAUCAACAAAAACUGAUCGAAAACAACAAUUUCCGACAAGAGCAUGACCUGCUGUAGUCAAAAACAAUACGAAUUUGACAUGAAAAUGAUUAAUUGAAAUCGAAUCAGCGACCAAACGACAAUUGUCAUAAUCAAAAAAAAUUGUCCGCAGAAAAAUUUGCUUCGUCAAAUGUCAAUUGUCAUGCUUCAAGGACAUCACAAACCUCCUGUUUUUUCAUUCUAAAUAUUUUUUGGACUUCUUUUUGCUUGUCAUGUUGUCGAAAAUGGGAUUUUACGUCCCGUUGAAUUACUUUCUAAGCGGUUUUUUAUAUUUUUUCCAAUUUUUCACUCCUUGACAACGUUAUUAGUGUGUUUGUAGCGGAACAUAAAUCUUUACCCAACGAGUCUCCCAACACCUUUCUUCGGAAAUUAAUUGAGUUGGCGCGGAUCGUAUUACAAUAAGGGUUUCCGAGGUAAUUACUUUAUGGAAAAGGAUGGGGUGGCUCGCCAUUUUGGGAGGGUUUUGGAGGAAAAGAGGGCUUUUGGAAGAGUGUCAAGUCAAAUUGAAUUCAUUUUUAAUAAGCUUAGCUACUGGUCCAGCAGGGUUUUUUUUGGGAUUUUUAUUAUUUUUUGAAGGGUGGGGGGAGUUUGAAUUUAUUUUGAAAUUUUUAAUUUUUUUUUGAUUUUGAAGACCCUGAUGAUUUCACUAGUCCGUUUGCAAAGUCACCGGAGUGAUUUUCGCGACAAAAAAUAGAAAUAAUUUUUCAUUUUAAAAAAGAAAAAAAGGUUUCAAAAAGAAUCCAGAUCUGCGCUAUGCCUCCGCUAGCCUCUCCAAUCUCAAAUUUAAGUCAUCAUAGUCCGUUCGCAAAGUCGCUGGAGUGAUUUCCGCGACAUGCACUGGGAGAAAACAAAAGUGCACCUUGCACUGUGCAAUUUUUUUCUUUUUGCACAGUGCAAUAGGAUUUUUUCGGCUGUCGCCCCGACUUUUUUUUGCACGGUGCAUGUCGCGAUAUGUCGUCAAAUCACUCGGCUUUGCGAACGGACUGGCAGUGCACUGUGCAAAAUGGUUCUUUUGGGUCAAAAUGCACUGUGCAAAACACUUUUUUCACAAUUUUUGAAGCGACGGGCCAAAAUGGCACUGUAAAAAUAAUCAUAUUUUUUUCUCCGGGUAUACAAGAAAUUUUUAGCUUGCCAUUUUCAGAAACCACUGGGAUUUUUUACUCUAUUUAAGAACGCUGGUUGAAAAAUGCAAAAUUUUUUUUUUUAUUUUUGAGAUAAAGGAAUUUUUUCUUUCCUCUCUAUAUUACUUUACAUCCCAUCCACUGUCUUCCAAACUGUACAAUUCCUAUUCAAUCGGCAUUUUUUUGCUUUUUCCAUCAAUUAAUUGUAAUCUGUCUCCAUUUUUUCGCUUUGACCCUUCUUUUCUUUCCCAUUACACCCUCUUAACCACCUUGAUUUGGUUUAAAACUGUCUAUUAUAUUCUCCACUUCCGUUUUUUUAUUUCCUAAAUUUUACAAAAAAUUUGAAAAAAACGUCGCCGACAAAAUGGAUGGCGCAACAAUCAGUCACUUUCGAGUUAAAUCUGUUUACCGCCAGUUUGCCGUUGCUCAGCUGGAGACCGAAUAUAUAUUAUAGGGAUUAAUCCUGAAAGGGACCCUUCCUUUUCAUUUUUUUUUUCUUUUUUGAAAAUUGAGAUUUUGUGGAAGGAAAGCGGAAGAAAGGCGGCAUAAAAGGGCUAUUAGGGUUAGAAGGUGAAGAUCCCUGGGAAGAGGGGGCUUUGAGGAGGGAGAAUAUGAUUGAAGUAGCUGAAUAAGAGAGCUGAGGGAGUAGUAGAUGGUGUAGACAAUGAGUAAUGUGGUAUUACGGCAAUAUAGGAAGUUGAGGUGAGUUUGGGGACAUUUAGAUCAGAGUGAUUAAACUUGGUAUAGCUCAGGGACCAUGGUUCAGAUCUUUCUGAAAUUUGGUACACAUGUUCUUUCUAGGCCGUUUAUCAAUUUGUAAAAAUAUGAGCUUUCGCUUGGCGGGCGCCGCUGAGAGAUUCAACUAUUUUUGAAGACGAUAGAUUAUGAAAAAUGAAGAGAGACGAAGAGAGAAACAAAAAUUUUAGCCGGUUCUGAAAUUAUUCUCAGUGAUCAUUUAUCACUAUUCUGCUUGCAAUUUCCGCGGUCUUGCUGCAAUUUUUAAACCAAAAAAAUCAAUUUGUCCAUCGAAAGAAUUUUUUUUUAAAUUUUGAUGACCAAAAGAUCUUAUACCUGGUAGAAAAAGUCUUCACUUAUCUACUUUCUCUCCUAAAUUUCAAUAGUCUCUCAUCUGCAAUGAUCUUUGAAUAUAUUGGCUGUACUUACAAAGCAAGAGCUAAAAUUUUCAGUAGUUUUAGGGUAGCCUAGAUAGAAUGUAUAUACAAAAUUUGAGGCUCCCACAUCGAAAACUUUAAUUUUUACAAAGUUAAAAUCUGAAACAGUUUUUUUUUGUUUUUAAUACUUUUAUUUUCCUCUUUUUUUUUAACUCCCGAUCAAACAGUAGCAAAGUAAAAAGAAUUGUAUAAAUCACGAUACCAGCUCGCCCCUCUCGUGACUAUCAUCCCCCAUAAUCUCUCCGGGGGUGUUCUUUUUUUGCCAAAAAACGGGGUCUCUAUUAUAUUCCAAUCCGCCCAUAAUCGAAGCGAAUGGAGCGAUUUGGAAUUGGACCCGAGAUCAAAGGAAGGAUCAUAAAAAUGAAGCGAAUACCCUCGGUUUAUGGCUGAUUUGUUUAUUUCGGGUAAAACGGGAUGUACCACUUUACUUUCGAGACCGAAGGGCUUUGAAAUUUUUAUUGACUUUUUGGGGGAAAUUGGGAAAUUCGGAGGAAAUUUUGAUGAAAUUUGGGGAAAAUAUUGACUUUUUUUUCCAAAUUUUUAACUCACGCUUUGCAAACACCAUUGAGAUUUUUAGGGCAAAAAAUGGCAAAGGUUUUAUAUUUUUUUUUAAUUUGAAAAAUCAAAUUUAUCCCUUCGAAAUUCGCAGAGAUAGCCAAAAAGUUCUUUCGGGCCGUCACUCCUCAUUUUCUACAGUCUCUCGCCCGCAAAGGUCUUUGAUUAUCCCAGCUGAAAUUGCAAGCCAAAAGCUAAAAUUUUCAGGGUUUGAUCAGUGGUCUAGAUAGGAAAUUUUUGUUAACUCUGAAGAACGUAGAGGUUCUGAAAAAUCUCAAAAAAAUUAAAAAUAUUUAAAGAUUUUUUGACUUCUUAUUCUUCCAACAAAAAAUCGUUUUCUGAAAGAAAAACUUUUUUAAGAUAGGGAGAUCCGUAUUUUACCUUCUAAAAAUUCAAAUCCUACAUUUGCAUUACUUUCAGCGACUUUUUUCCAUCUCCAUUAUCGUUGUGCUCCUUUUUUGUCACCUUUUCUCCCUCCAAAAACCCCUUUGUUCUAACUUUUUCCUUCCCAUCUGACUUUUCUCUCCACCUCCACAAAGUCCAUAUUUCGAAUAUUCCGCAACUAUCAAAAAACACAAUAAAAAAGGAGAAGAUUCUUCAACUCUUGCAACGAGCUUGUCUAAAUCUUUUUUUCGGCUGAUUCAUGGAACGAGAAUUUUUACAAAAGGCCCUAUACGAAUGCUUUAUAGGCAUAUUCGGGGGCGGUUUUAUGGGGAGAAUGAGAGGGCGUUUAUGGCAUGGAACGCCGGGAACGGCACUUUUUUUGGCUUGUUUUGGAGAUGGUUUUUGGUUCUGGAGAGUUUGAAAAAUAUGUCUUUGGUACCGUUAAUUUAGGAAGGAUAAACUUGGCCUGUCAUUUUUUGUCAGCAUUUUUGAGAUUUUUUGUUUGCGCCUUGCAGAAACCAUUUAUAUUUUUCACUCAAAAAAUGCUUACAAUUCGAAAUUUGUUUGUCUCUCCUCAUUUCCCAUACUCUCUCGUCUAGAAAAACCGUCAAAACCUUGGCCUUUUCUGCAACUUGUAACCUAAAAUUUUCAAAAUUUAUUUUGACGCCCUUGUAGGUCAUAUCAUCAAAAUUUCAACGAGAUCCGAGCUCUAUUUCUCAAGAAUCUUCCUAAUUUGAAAACCUUUCUUAUCAGUGCACUCCUCCCACACUGCCCAAGCAUUGUCAUAGUAAUGAAAGCUCGGGGGGAAAGAACAAAAUUAUUAAUCAUUCUUGUUAUUCCUGCUGCACUUUUGGACUCAGACCGGAAUGGAAAUGUGGAAUUUAGAAUUUGGAAUUAUUCUCUCCAGAUCAACAUAUCAAAAAUUGAGAUCAAAAUUUCGAUUUUAACUUCUGGCAAGCGUUUUUAUAAAAAAAGAUUUUAUUUUAUGAGUUUGUUGUUGCACUUGAGGAGCUUAUUUUUCCAUCCACGAAAAAAUAUUGUUUUAAAUUUAGGGCUAUUUUUUAAACUCAAAAUUUAUAGCUGUUUUUAAUCAUGGUGUAAUGCAAAAGCCAAUUUCAAAAUUUUUUUAUUGCUUUAGGUCUGCAGAAGACUUUUUUACUUUGCCUUCUUAACUUUGACGUCUUCAAAAACCGUAAUUAAAACUUCUUUGUGGCAUUCCAAAAACGCCUGAUAUCUCUUCUGACUAUUCAAAAUAUUUAUCUCCGUUUUUCGUCACCUUCACCCCCCCCCUUUCUUUUUUAAUCAACCUUCGUCGCGCCCAUGAUGUCCAAGGUCGUCAACUUUCAUAUUUCCGAAUCGAAAAUUCGCUUCUGAAUUUAGUGAUGAAUGAAGUCGACAUUGCCUUCACUCCCUUGGAGAUUACGAUCCCCUCCGGCGAUAUUCGUCGGCUUUCCAGUUUGGCACAUCUUCAGAAUAUUGCGCCUUGCUGUUCCAAUCAUUCUAAUGAAAUUUUGAAGAGUCAGAAAGUCCUGAAAUUUGAGGAAAAUCCUAUGAAAUUACCUAACAUCUACUCUACCAAAACUUUCGAUUCUACGCCUACUGUUAAUCGCUAUUCCACAAAGAUUUUGAGGUCUUGUUCUACAACCCCUGGACCGUCUAGAAUUGAAAUUGGAAGCCCCAAAGAUGUAGACAACGGCAGCAGCAACAGGAAUUCGACAGUCAACAAUAGAUGCUCGGUUCAUCUGAACGAUUACAAACUACAGUAUUCGUCGUCAUCAGAAGCCACUAAUUCCGAGAAAUCGGAAUCUUUGAGCCUUCAAAAUUUACCAGAAAAGCUAUUGGAAGAAAAGUUGAAGCGAUUGGAGUCAGAAUCAGAGGCUACGGAUAUUAUAGAUGGUGUUGAAGAUGUCGACUCAAGUCCCAACUUUCGACGGCUCCGAUUUGAAGAUUCCGGAUGUUCGAGUCUUCGGAACAUCGAUUCUACCGACAUUUCUCCUGAAUUUGAACGGAGAAGUUUUCAAGAAGCAAGCGGAAGUUUGGAAAAAACUGAAAAUGGCCUUCAAAGUCGGCAACCUGCGAGAGUGACGUCAUUCCGCAAUUCUGAUGACCGAAAGAUAAUUUUUCAAAGUUCUGCUCAAAUUUUGAAGCCUUUGGAAACCACAGAAUCGCAUUGUGAAAAUCUGGAUAAGAAAUCGCAAAACGAGAAACCAAAAAAAGCCCGGAGGCUAGUCCGCGGCCGAAUUGUUUUCCACCAAAAACGGUUUGUUUAUACCAUACUGCGACUGUUUUAGCAAGAGUCUCCUCAGUUUAUUCUAUUUUUGACUGAUUUUUAAUCAAAAAUUUUUAUUUUUGAUAAGGAAAAUCAAAAAAAUUUUUUUUUGAAACAACUCUUACCAGUGGUGUAAAAACGAACAAAUAAAAAAUCGAAAGUAACAGUCACUUGAUUGAUGUUACGAGCCGCAAUUUUUCGCAGUUUUUUUUGUGGUCUCCCGCUAACAAGUAGUUUUUUAUUAUACUUUUUUUCAGUUUCAAAAAACAAUUUAUUUCAACUUUGAAUUGAUCCGUAAACGGCUUCAAGUGGCUUCAGAAGCGGCGUUGAGGUCAUUCGACAUAAAAUCAGGGUUUCCGGACGGGGUCAGACGUUUUAUUAGUUUAGAGGGUGGGCUCGGAUUCAUGUUUAUGGGAUUUGAAGGUCGGAAAGAGGGAGGGAACUUGAAAAUUUUGUAAUUUAUAGGUCGCUUACUGACUGUAGAUGUUGGUGGAAAAUUUUAUUUUUUAACUUCAAAUGAAAUUUUCGCAUAUUUUACUAAUUUUUCGAAGGUCAGCACAUGUUUUAGGGGUUUUUUUAUUUUUUCUUUUAUUUUUUAUUUUUGAGCCUUCAAAAAAAAUAUUAAAAAUAAAAAAGUAAAAAAAAUUAUAAAAAAUCAAAAAAAAAUUAGAUUUUUCACAAAUUCCCUUUAUUUUUUUGUAAUUUCCCUUUUUUCAGCCCGAACCUUCACACAUCACAAGAUAACAUGCUGUAUAACGGCUCUCGAAUCCCAGUGAAUAUGCCAAUCGACUCAUACAGAAACAUGCACAUGCCAGAGUUCUUCGGGCAGAGUAUGAAAAGUUCCAGAAGUCAUGAGAGUCUGCUCAGUUUUAGUGGGACGAAUCAUGUGUCGGAUUUGAGUAAGUUGGAAAUUAUUACGUUAAAUUAGCUUUUCAACGCAUUUUCCAUGCAGCAGAGCUUUAAUUUUAUAAUUUUUGAGCAUUUUUUUUAUUUGAAUAUUCAAAUUUUAAAAUUUUUUGAUUAUUUUGGCAAAAAAAACAGUUUCUAUAAGGCUAUUUCUCUAUUUUGACCCAUAAAAUUUGGAUAUCCAAAUUUUUGUCCAAAAAAAUUUUUUUUCAAUCCAAAAAAUUUUCUCUGCGGAAACGAUGACUAAACCUUUUACAAACAAUAAAACAUAUUUUUUUAUACAAUACUACUCAUCUUCAGAGCAGCCCGACCUCCGAAUUCAUCCUGUGCAUCCGUCAGUUUUGGAAGUAGACAACUGUUUCAAAGUCGCCAAUUCGUAUUACGUGUGUGAGUCGCCGCAAGAAAGGACGCGAUGGCUUGAAAAGUAAGUUGCAAUCUUUUUAGUGGCUUUAAAAAUUUUCUACGGCUUAAUUUGGAAAUUUUUUUUAAAAUACGAUUUUUUUAUUAAAAUUUUUUUAAAAUCUCAUCUUUUCCAUUUAAAAAAAUUAAUCCAAAAUAUCCCACGCAUAUUACAAAUCGCACUUGUUCUUCUGUAAUAUUGGGAACCCCUUCUUUUAUUAUAUUAUUCUUGGAACCUCUGACAGAAAUUGUUUUGUUCGGUUGUAAUUAGGGAAACAAGGAAAAGUAAUGGAUUCAAAGUUGGGAUUAGAGAAGGUAAAUUGGAUAGAGUCGUUCGGUAUUGCGUAAAAGGCUUCAAGAAGGCUCCUAGAAAUUAGUCGGGGGUUCGGAAAGGGUGGGUAAAGAAGCUUCAAAGAGUUAUUUUUGGGUUUGAUGUAACAGUUUUCUCGGUUAAAAAAUUGUUUGUUAUGGAAAGGUUUAGGUGUAGGCAAAGUUAUUGCAGAGCUAAACAGGUCACUAGGGGAAUUUAUCAUCAUUUUUAAUAUAUCGUUUUUCUUAAGUUAGAGUUUACACUCUAACUUCCACUUUGCCUUGAGGCUCUCUGAAAUCAAUUUAAACAUAGCCUUUUUUAUGGAAAACCUAAAAUUUUUGAGCUUUCUGAUGCAAAGAGAGAUUCUAAAAACGUUCUUCUCCGGCCGUCUCUCUUCAUUUUCCGUAGUAUCUCCUCCUCAAAGAUUUCUGAAUAUCUCGGUAGGCAUUGCACAGAGUUGGCUGGAAUCUUGAGGAACUAAGGUUAGAUCUAGAUGAAACACGUGCUCCAAAUUUCAAGAAGAUCCAUUCAUCAUGCCUCAGGCAAUUUUCAAAUUUUGCUAGGGGACUCGCCGUAUAUUGCAUCUUACUUAUUGCGGAUAUGUUCUAUGUUUGUUCGCCGAAAACUGUGUCAAUCUGUAAGCAACAUAAUUUUGCAUGAAACCAACAUCUCCGACUUCCUGAAACAUCUGCGGCUUCAACUUCUGCCCAUCACUUACGUGAUGAUCGAGAGCCCAAACAUGCCCCAUUUCCUCUUCCUUAUCUCCAGCUCCACUUCCCUUCAAAUCCUUUGAUUUAUCAUGCUUAUCAUCCCGCAUAUGCUUCUCCAUCAUCUGCUCGCUCACUUCCACCAUCCGUCAUCGAAAUCACCAGCAAAAUCGUUAACGCACCCAUUGCGCAACCCCAAGAGAUUGUUUUCAUUCCGGUCCGGCGGAUGUGACGCGAUUUUAUUUGGGUGAAACAUCGAUGGAGGGGGACGAAGAGCCGAUGUAUCUCAUACCUUAUACAUGAGCGAUGACCUCGACGCUGAAUUAUUUUCCGGUUUGUUGGCAUCCGAAAAACUCUGUCGCCCCAGAAGGCCCUCUUUGUGUGUGGAGAAGGAAGGGGAGCAGAGGGGGCAGAAGGUAGAUCUUUUUUCUGUGACAUUGGCAGAAAUCGGUUCUACGGAUUUGAAGCGAGGCGGAUUCGGACUUCUCCACAGCUGGCAUUCAGCUCGAAAUUGAUGAUCAAUCUACAUUAACUACUUGUUUAUCAUCCAAGUAUUCUUUGUUGAUCAAAACAUCUACUAAUUUUUCUGCCAGGAGGCUUCAAAUUUUACUGUUUCCACAGUAAUGCCUCGUCACUUUCCCUACUACAAUAUGACGAGCUCCAAGCGAUUUUCGACGGCUCCAACUGCUCCAAGAGGAAGGCUGAGGAGAGUGCUGUCGUCGGAUGUCUUCAUGAUGCCGGAAAACUUCUUGAACCCGCAACCUCCACUGCCGCCGCGGACUAAGAAGAGGUUGAGUUUGUUGAGGUAAAAAGAGUUGGGUAGAACUCUUUUUUUGAUGGGUUUGUGUACUUAAAAGAUGUCUCGGUAGUAUGUGUAUACGAGAAGUCUUGGCAGGUGAAAAAAUCGAUGACUUAUCAGUACUUCUUGCUUCCAUUAUAAGGUAAAUUCCUGAGACCUCAGACUUCAGAUCUUCUUGAACUACUGCUUGUAUGAUCUUUCUAGGCCAUAUAACGACCCUUGAAAAAUUCAGCUAUCAGUUUUCUGUUGCAGCAGAGGUAUUCAGCAAUCUUCGCAGUCAAGUAUUAAUAGAUAGAUUAUAAAAAAAGAAGAGAGACGGACAUAGAAAUACUUUUUGGCCACAAUGAUAGAUCGGAAAAAAAUUAUUUGGCUACCACUGCUAUCGUGACACAACCUUUCCUUCAUCCUUGGCUCUUCUUCCAUUCCAAACAUCCAUCUCAAAGCAGAUGGCUUACGGAAAUGGAUCAAAGCCCUGACCCGCGCCUCCCAUUCCCUUCCUCAAAUUCUUUGUCAAAUAAUUUGGAUCAUAAAACGAGUGUCGGCUUCGUUCUCAAACGCAUUGACAAGGUUUCAUGGAACGACGGAACCCCUCAUUUAUUCAGUCGCUUCCUUCUGUUCGGCCCAUUGAACGGAGCGUCUGGAACAGCCAAUAAUCAACGGAACGGGGUUUUAAUUGAGAUUCUUGGGGUUAGUUAGGAAGAAAUGAAGCUUAAAAAGUGGCGAUUUGAGGGGAGUUUUUUGUACUUUAUAAGUUAUGUUGUCUAGAUGAUAAAAGAUGAAAAAAUGGUUGUUGUAAAAAGCCUUCGUUAUAUUGAGGCUCUUGUUUGGCAAAAAAUGAAUAUUACUCGAGGUUUGAACCGCAGAUUUUUAUGAAGCAUGUCACAAGCUGAGAUUUGAUUUUUCUGAGGCGUAUAUGAAAUUUUUAGCUUACGCUUUGCAAAAGCCUUUGAAAUUUUUCGGUCGAAAAUUACAUGCAAACUCCAAAUUUUUCAAGCUUUCUCUUCCGACCAUCUCUCCUUAUUUUUCGUAGUCUCUUGUAAGCAAAAAUCGCUGAAUAUAUCAGCUGCGGUUGCCACGCGCAACGUAAAAUUUUCAAGAACCAAUUAGUGCUCUGUGUAGACCAAUUGUCCAAAGUUUUACGAAAAAUCAUUCACAUUUCCCAGAGCAACAAUCAGUUUUUCUUGCACAUGUUGAUAGCCAAAAUCUCUUUUCAAAAAUCUUCCCUAACACUUUUCAUUUUUUUUUUAAAAUCCAAUCUAUUCAUUGUCAGCUGAGCACACAACUUCCCUCUAUUUUUAUUUAUAUUCGUUUCUAUCCGAUUAUGUUUUUAUUCCAAUCAGAUUAUAUUACCCGUCUCACCGCUUUGAUCUCGGCAAAUCUCGAUGUCUGCUCCGAUGUUCGUGUAUAUUUGCAUUUCCGUAAUUACAUUGCACUUGAGGCCACUCUUCGCAUGUUUCCCCGUGUUUACCUUGUCCUCUUUUAUGGAGAGAGAAGGAGGGAGGAUUUGCGAUUCAUUUCAUUAAUUUUUUUGGGGGCCCCCGAGUUCAGUGGGUUAUAACGGGAUUAUUCGAUUAGGUUUAUUUACCCAUUUACGGGACGGUAAAGGGUGAGCUUUUGAGGAGAGGUUGGAGGCUCUUUGGGCUAGAUUUUGAGGUUUAAAAUAGGUGGUCUGGCUGAGUAAAAACUAGCGAAAAAUGUUCAUGAAUCUCGAGAACGAAUCUCACAGAUCGUAAAAAAGUUUGUUAUAUAAUAGAAAAGGUUUGUUGUAUGAAGGUUUACUGUGAAAUUUUGCACUUAUGAUCUGUCUGGCUUAUGUGUUAAUUUCUGAAAAUUUUAGUUCCCCUUUGCAGAUAUGAUUGAUAUAUUCAGCGAUUUUUUUGUAAAAACGAAGCUAUGAGAAAUGAGAAAAGGCGGCAACAGAAAAAUUUUUAUUGAACCCUUCCUUUUGUAAAAUACGCGAAGUCCCAUUUCCCCAAAGUUUAUAGUUGGAAUAAGCACAGAAAUUCUUUCAUCAACUGCGCAACUCUUUCUGUUAAAACUUUCCAUGCUUCGGUUUUUUCGAACCGAAAUUUCAAACUUUUGCACAGCUACAACUUCAUUUUUAAAUCCAUUUUAUACUCAAUAAUUGACCUUUCUAUUCAUCUCACUUCCCUCUUCUCAAAUUUCUCUUCACCUGCCCUUGCCCUGAGGGCAAUUGCCUAAUGAACCCUUCAUAACGCCAAUUAGAUAAUUAUCUCUCACCUUCUCCUCGCACCUCCAUUUGCAUAAGUGUCAUUUUACGAGCUGCUUGGACGUUUACAAUCGGCGUCACAGUUUUAAUCUUAGCGCUAGUGGGUUGUAAAUUUCAGGCGGUUGUAAAUGACGUCAUUUUUUAUUUUAUGAAAGCGAUUUUUUUGAGUUUUUAGGCAAUUUUUGGAGGCAAAAAUUUUUAGCGGACUUAUGAGUCAAGGCCGACGGACCUUGGGAUUUUAAAAAGAAGCUGAAUUUUGUCUUGUUUUUCACACGUCGUAUUUUAAAAAUUUUAAAUUUUCAUCGAGAACAAAGACCUUAAAAAUAGAUUUUGUAGAAAAUAUUCGUUCUCCACAAACUCAUUUCGUCUCAAAAAUCUCCCUAAAAAUAGGAAUUGUACAGUGAUGGACCUGAUCCAGCGGCAAAACACGUACCAUUUUGCACCCGGGAAGUAUCGAAAAUGUGGCAAAAUGCUUCCCUCUCCAAGUAAAAAAAAUCGAUUUCAAUCAAAACGAAGUUUUUUUCACUUGGAGAGGGAACAUUUUGCCACAUUUUUGACACUUCCCAGAUGCAAAAUGAUACGUUUUUUGCCACUGGAUCAGGUCCCCCACUGUACAAUUCCUCUUUCUUGACUGUCUGAGUCAAGAAAGAAGGCCGACGGACUUCGGGAUUUUGAAAAAGAAGCUGAAUUUAGCCUGUUUUUCACACAUCGUAUUUUAAAAAUUUUAAAUUUUGCUCAAAAACAAAGAUCUUAAAAAUGGAUUUUUGUAGAAAAUAUUCGUUGUCCACAAAUUCAUUUCGGCUCAAAAAUCUCCCUAAAAGUCUGAAUUGCAUUUGAUACCAAGUCCAAAUUAGGCAUCAAAAUAUACUGCUCACAAAAAGAAAUUUGCUUUUGAAGAUAAAAGUUUUGCUUUGGGAUACGUUUUGAUACUUUUUUUGAGUCUCAAAAGAUCUCAAAUAGCAAUGUUAGCCCAGUCUCUUCAAAAGAAGCAAUCUUUUAAUUCCUACGAUACUUUUCGACACCAAAUUUAUUAUUUCAAGCCCAGACAUUUGUAUCAGGCCUCAUUUUUCCCUCCAAGCCGGCACAUAAACCAUGUCGCCAUGUUUUGGCGGCGCCAUUUCGAAGCCAUUUACACUCCGGUAAAUCCGUCGGCCAUCCCCCCAUUUUUUAAUAAUAAUAAAUUGCGCGCUCCCUCUUCGGAGAUGGCACUGAAGAAUGGGGGCGCGCAAUCCCCACCCCGCAUUCGCUUUCAGCCUUUCCGGGGACGAGGCGAUCGGACAUUAAAAGUGAGGGAGCAAGGUCGUUGGCCCUGUUUCGAGUAAAUCCCACCCCAAAAAAGUUGGGUUUCACGUUCGCGUUUGACGCCGAACCCGGCUUCCGAGGGUUUGAAAUUUGAAUUUCCGAGAAAUUAGUCGGAAAUUUUAAUUUUGAGCGGUUUCAAGUGGACUUUGAGGGAUUUCAAGGGGUUCCGCGGGAUUUUCGCCCAUAAAAAGCGGUCUUUCUCUGCUUAAACUAAGCGCUAUGGCAGAAUGUCACUUUGGAUUAUUGUGAUUUAAGCGGGUGUCAUCAUUUUUCAAAGGAUUUAUGAAGAUUUUCCGCCAAAAAGAUAGAAUUUAUAUUGUUUUAGACAAAAAUUGCCAAUUUUUCUAAUUUUUGAGAGGAAAAUUGUAAAAAAAGUAUCUGAACAGACUCUGCGAAUCUUAUUUUACAUAUUCAACCCAAAAAGCUUUUGUAAAAUACGAGUUUCAUUCAAAUUUAACCCAUUUCCUUUCAGCAUGCGCCGGGCAAUAAACCCACACCUUGAUGAGCGCCGACGCACCGAGAAUUCGUUUCAAAUUUGGAUCCUGGAAGCCAAGGGCAUCCCGCAGAAGCGCCGCUACUACUGUGAUCUCGUCCUUGACUCCACAUUGUAUGCAAAAACAUCCACGAAAACACACAGCGAACACUGUUUUUGGGGCGAUUUCUUCGAUCUAAAGUAGGUUUAUAGGGGGGAAACAAGGUCAAAAAAUGGUUUCGAAGGCCUGGGGAAUAAUAUUACAUCUUCUGAGCAACGUUUCUCUCCGGGUUUUACAUUUUUUCGCCGGGGUUUUGAGAUUUUAUUGCACAGAGAAACAGUUGACUCAAAGUUUCGGGGGACACUUGGCACAUGCAGAUUUUUUCCUGUUUUUUGGCAGAUAGGAUAAGGCUGUGAAUUCAUGAAUACGUAGAUGGUAAAAUGCAGAAUCUUUAGUUUUUUUUGUGGAUUUACAGCGAUAUUUUUUAUGUUAUCCUUCAAGAGCUAAGAUUUUCAAAAUUUUUUUGAUUUUUUCAUAAUUUUCCCCCCGCAAAUCUAACAUUCUGAGUGUUUCAGAAGCCUUCCGCCCAUCCGAAAUGCAGUCAUCAAUCUGUAUCGAGAGCAGGACCCUCGAAAAAAGAAGGAUCAUCACACUUUAAUUGGCCAGGUGACCAUUAACAUCGAUCAGUUCAAAGCUCGGCAACCACUUGAAAAAUGGUAAGUAAAUUAUUUUACACUCCAAAAUUAGGUGAUAUUCUAUGAUUUCCUUGAGGGAUCCGAGGAUUCGGGACCUGUAGAGCUCGAAUAUUUGCUAUUCAAGGUUUCGAAAGGGGAAAUUAGACGGUUGGCUGGUCACGAUCCAUUUUUUUCGACGAGUUCGAAAUAAAUUAAAGGAUAUUACAGUAGAAUCCAUUACAUGCAUCAUAGACUACUCAGACACGUCAUUAAUUUUGGGAAAUUACAUAAAUUUUUCAAAUUUUUUGUAGAGAUGUCUAGUGCAAUAUAAAUUUUGAUGAAAAGUCCCAUAAAUAAUAUAAAUUUUGCAGGUUCACAGUGACAACCGGCCAGGAGAACACUCGAUCAAUGUUGUCGAAGAAUUCUGAGCCGGUAGCAAUCAGAAUCAAGGCCAGAUAUCAAACCGUUGAUGUUCUUCCUUUGAUCGUUUACAAUCGUCUCAACAACUUUGUCAAACUCAAUUAUCUCUGUCUUUGCGAGCACCUGGAGUCGGCAUUGGGUGUGAAAUUGAAGGAGGACUUUGCCACAUGCCUUGUUAAAGUGUUACAUCGUCAGCGAGUGGUCAAAGACUUCCUUUGCGACAUCAUCAUGGCCGAAGUGGGUCAGCUGGACAACGAUCACCUCAUGUUCCGUGGGAACUCCUUGGCUACGAAAUCAAUGGAAGCCUACAUCAAGCUGGUCGCGGCGGACUAUCUCCACAACACAUUGGGGAAAUUCGUCAAGUCUUUGGUUGUGAAUCCACCAACUUGUGAAGUGGACCCGACAAAAAUGUCGUCCAACUCGACAACGGCGUUGAAUGCGAACCGCAAACGAUUGAUGGAUGCCGUAGAGCAGGCGUGGGGAUGCAUCGUCAAGUCCGCUUCGAUAUUCCCGCAACAAUUGCGCGAGGUGUUCCAUGCGUUGAGGAGAAGGUUGGAUGAACAGGGAAAGGGUCAACUGGGCGAUAAAUUAGUGUCGGCUUCCAUCUUUUUGAGAUUCUUAUGCCCUGCCGUGUUGUCGCCGAGCUUGUUUGGACUGGUAAGUUUGUUUUUUGUUUAUUUUUAGAGAGGAAAAGUUGGAUAUUUUGAAGAUUUUUUGGAAUUAUAUUAGAUUUUAGAUACCUAAAUUCAGACAAUUUGAAUGUGGGUCUUUCUUUCGUUUCUGAAAUUGUUUAAAAAUGUUUGAAAUGUAGGUUGUUGUAUAAUUCAACUACUCUGAACAAAGAAUCCGGAUUUGACAACUGUUUUCUAUAAGAAUUUGUAUUAUCUUACACUAGACCACCUGUUUUGAGCGUGGAUCGUAAUUUCCCAAUUUCAGUCCGCAUAAUGCAUAAUUCCCUCCCUAAAUACAAAAGAAAAUAAUAUUCAAACAAACGUACCACAAAAUUCUUUUCAGGUCUCCGAGUAUCCAUCAGAACAAGCCGCCCGUAACUUGACUUUGAUCGCAAAAACUCUUCAAACUCUGGCAAACUUCACAAAGUUUGGUGGAAAGGAGAGCUUCAUGGAAUUCAUGAACAAUUUCAUUAUCAAAGAGACCAGACCCAUGCAUUCCUUCUUGGUUGGCAUCUCACAUCCACCACUUUUGAAUGAGAAGGCGAUAACUGCCUCAAACAAUGAUAUUGAUAGCGAAAUUGAUCAAGGGAAGGAGUUGAGCUGUCUACACUCUUAUUUGGAGGAACAUUGGACGAAUGAGGUAAGAAUUUGAACGUUUUUACGGCUUUUUUUUGAGAGAGGGGAAGACUUGACGAUUUGGGUCAACUGUUUCUCUGAGGUUUUUUUGGUCGAAAAAUGUUCGUAUUUUAGAAGAGGAUGAGAAAUUCGGAAAAAUUAGACCGUAUAUUUUCUUUUAAGAUUGAAAUUUUGGUUAUUUCAACUUUGAUUUUACUAUUUUCAGCUUCACGAAAAAGCCAGUCAGAUCGAUGAGAACAUGGGGCAAUUACAAGCGAUUAUCGCCGAGAUCGACAUGUGCAAAACCCGCGAAUACACUCCUCAGUCCACCUUUUCUUCGUAUUCUUCUCGGCAGUCUACCAGUCCCCCAUCCGACUACGAAAAUAAUGUGAAACCGGCUCCACCACCAAAAAGAUCGCAACGUCAAGCGGCGAUGAACCUAAACACGGUGGAUGACUAUGUUAUGGGCACCGCAGUGACUCCAGAAUCUUCGUCGAGAUCGAAGAGCCAACAGAGGUUCUUUUAUCGAGAUAUGAGCGAAGGAAGGGAGGGAUUGGCCAAGAGAUAUUCAAUGCCCUACCACAACAUCUAUGAUAUCACCCCGAGUGCUCGAGACGGCUACCAUUUGUACGAUGAGGUCUCUCAAGACGAUUUGAAGGCUGAUGAGUUGACGAAUGUGAGUCUGGAUCCUGCUGACGAUGAAGCGACGGACUCGGAAACGGAAGGUCAUGUGGAUCGGAGGAUAACACCGAGAAAGACCCGAAGAAAGAGUUAUAUGACCGACAUGCGCAUCGAUAUGAUCGAUCCGGAGUCGCGACGACUCGGUCUACCCUCUUCGGGAUAUCAGAGCCAAAAUCAAAGCUGCUAUUCGUCCUCCUCGAACAGCCCAAAUGACACGUUCGGGAAGGAAAAAUCGCAUGGCGAUAGCCAAAAAUACUCGAAUUAUCUCAAGGACAACCUCUCGUAUCACACGGCCACCACAACUUCAUGCUCUUCGACAUCGUCAGGGCACAAUGAUGUGGAAGAUAAGCGGCCAUAUCAACUGAGCAGAAGCCAAACCGGCCAUGAGAGGAUACCCUAUACGAAGACCAGAUCAAAUUACCGAGCCAGGUCGGUGGUCGCGCAAUUACCCGAUCAGGAACCGAGAUUAUCGAAUAGCACCUCUUGUCAGUCGAUAAAUGGACGAGUAGCUAUCAAAGACGAGGAUUUGGUAGGAUUUUUUGGGGUUAUGUUGGAGUAGUGUCUAGUAUAAGGUAAUAUUUUGAUAUUUUAGAGUCUAAUUGAAACUCAAAAGCGGCAGAUUGACGAAUUAUUGCGAGAAAAUGAGAAUCUGAAGCGAGCGCUAGCCGAACAUCAUGGAAGUCAUGUUGAACUUACUGUAAGUCAAAAAAAAUUUUUUUUUUUUGUUAUUCCAAAAAUUUUCUAAUUUACCCAAUUUCAGGCCCGCCCAAUCCCCAACCAGCCGUUCAGCGUCCAAUUAUCCCCUUUCUAG